GUUUCGUCAGAGUUCAUGGCAAAAAUAACUAUGGAAGCUGAGAGAAGAAACAUAAAAUUGAGUGGGACAGUGAUGCUUCUGAUCCUCUUGAUAAUAACCGACCAAGGCUUAAUUGGGAGUUGUAGAUCCUUGCAAGCUCAAAGGCCAAGUGACAAAGGGGUUUCACAACGUGGUCCUGAAUCGCCGUCUGGGCCAUCUAAUUGCACUUACACACUUGGCAGUGGUCACAAUAGCGGUGGAUCUUGUAAAAGUCAUGGGUGAUGCUUAUUUUUCAUGUUUAUUUUUCAUGUUUAUUCUGUUUUAUCAAUUUCAAGGUUCUCUUGUGCUUGCUGGGGAAAAAUAAAAUUCAAGCAAUUGUUGUAGAUAUUUGCUUGAAGUUUGAAGUAGAAUGUUGUAUAUAGUUUUUUUUCUCUUUUCUUUUUUUGGUAAUUAGUAGACUGCUAUAGCCUAUAGUCAUGUCCAAUGCUGCAAGUGCCAAAUCCCAAUCAUUUGUGAUGCAAUAAAAUUUUAAUGUUCCC